AUGUAUUUUGAUGGUGCUGUUCAUCGUCAUGGAGUUGGGACUGGUAUUAUAUUCAUAACUCCUGAUGGAUGGGUUUUGCUAUGCUCUUUUACUCUAAACCAAUAUUGUUCAAACAAUGUUAUUGAGUACCAAACUCUCAUACUCGGACUUGAAAUAGCUGUUGACAUGAAACAAUUGGAAUUUCAAAUCUAUGGUGACUCGCAAUUAGUAGUUAACCAACUCUUGGGAAGUUAUGAAAUCAAAAGGUCUGAAUUAAUUCUAUAUCACAAGUAUGCAAUUCGACUUAUGAGACAACUUGAAGGUGCAAAUAGUAACCAUGUCCCUAGAAGAGAAAAUAAGCACGCUGACGCAUUGGUUGUACUUGUCUCUUUACUUACCGCAUUAAAUCAUGAUAUACAAGUUCGUGUAUGCCAAAAGUGGGUGGUUCCACCACUAUUUGGUGAUAAAGAUAUUGAAAAAAGUGAUUCUCAUGUGAUCUCAACUUACGAAACUGACAAAGAAAAUUGGAGACGACCCCUCAUUGAUUAUUUCAAGUAUCAAAAGCUACCUAGGGAGCAACAUAGAAGACCUGACAUCCGCCGGCGUACUCCUCGUUUUAUCUUGAAUAAGGAUACACUAUACCGAAAAUCAUUUGAAAAUGUAUUCUUGUGCUGUCUGAGCGAAAACGAGGCAUAUCGGAUAGAGUGGAGAAGCGGUGAAGGAAGAAGAGAUUUUGACACAAAAAAAGUAAGGAAAAUAGAAGAAAGGAGAAGAAGACGAGAGGAAGACAUAUUGGCGUAG